AUGUUCUCUCGACGAGCCGUGACCUUCGCGGCAAGGUCUGCUCGAUCCAUCGCCCGACCUCAGCCACCACCGCAAUUCCAACCUCGACUCGGCCUCCCGCGAGCUCAGUUCUCCAGUACAACAUGUGCAAAGGCAGCGCCCGCCAAUGUCGAGAACCAACAGGACGACCCUGAAAUGAACAACAACUACAUCAACCCUCCCCGCGUCAAGCGAUCGCACCGCGACCCCUACGCCGACUGGGACGAUAAGCAGGAAAUGCGCAAUUUCGGAGAACCCGUCCACGAAGACAAUGAUGUGCUAGGUGUCUUCUCGUUACACGACUACACUUUCAUGUCGACCUCCAGAGGUCUGUUGCUGUGGGCGGGCUUUAUCUCGGCCGUGCUGGGAGUGUACUAUGGCGUGUCGGCCACAUAUCCGGGCAAACCAAGUGCUCCUAAAGAAUACGAGGGCGGUUUGUUCGAAGAGCUUGGGGGCCCUGGCGCCGUGCGGGUGAGCCCCUCGUGCGCCCCAUGGAGCUUGUCUUUCAGCUAA